CAAAUCUCGCACACGUGAUUGCAACUUAAACAGCGGUGUAACGCCAUUAUAUCAAUCUUCAGUCCUCCCGCUCCUUAACUUGCUAGGAGUUUACCAUUAUUAUUAUUAAUACAUAUUAAGACUUUUAACCUUUCGCUCCAUUUUGAUAAAAAUACAGUUGAGAUUAUGUCUGGAAUUGCUGUGGGCCGUUUAGCUGAAGAAAGAAAAGCUUGGAGAAAAGAUCAUCCUUUUGGUUUUGUUGCCAGACCUAUUAAGAAUCCAGAUGGCUCUCUCAAUCUUAUGAAUUGGGAAUGUGCAAUUCCUGGGAAAAAAUCGACUCCAUGGGAAGCUGGUGUCUACAAAUUAAGAAUGCUUUUUAAAGAUGACUAUCCAAGUUCUCCUCCAAAGUGCAAAUUUGAACCACCAAUCUUUCAUCCAAAUGUUUACCCCUCUGGAACUGUAUGCCUGUCACUGCUGGAUGAAGACAAAGAUUGGAGACCUGCUGUUACCAUUAAACAAGUAAUUAUUUUAUUGUUAAUACAUCUUUGACCUUUUCAAGUCUGC